AUGACGCGCAUCAUGCAUCUUGCCGUGCUGCUUCUUUCCAGCAUCGGACUUCUGGCUGCUGCCCAGAAUCAGUCCGACUCUGACUGGCCUCUGCACGACAACGGUCUGAACACUGCCGUGCAAUGGGACCACUACAGCUUCCAUGUUCACGGACAGCGCAUCUUCAUCUUCUCCGGCGAGUUCCACUACUGGCGUAUUCCCGUCCCCGAACUCUGGCGCGACAUCCUCGAGAAGGUCAAAGCCACCGGCUUCACCGCGUUUGCCUUCUACUCUAGCUGGGCGUACCAUGCGCCUAACAACCACACGGUGGACUUCCACACCGGCGCGCGUGACAUCACGCCCAUCUUCGAGCUCGCCAAGGAGCUGGGCAUGUAUAUGAUCGUGCGGCCCGGGCCGUAUGUCAAUGCCGAGGCCAGCGCUGGUGGCUUUCCGCUAUGGGCGACCACCGGUGCCUAUGGGUCGAUGCGCAACGACGACCCCAGGUAUACUGCGGCGUGGAAGCCUUACUUUGAGAAGAUGUCGCAGAUCACCAGCAAGUACCAGCUCACGGAUGGGCAGAAUACUUUCUGCUAUCAGAUCGAGAACGAGUAUGGUCAGCAGUGGAUUGGGGAUCCCAGUGAUAGGAACCCUAAUAAAACUGCGGUCGCCUAUAUGGAACUGCUCGAGAAGAGUGCGCGUGAGAAUGGUAUCGUCGUGCCGCUGACGGCCAACGAUCCCAACCUGAACACCAAAUCUUGGGGAAAUGACUGGUCCAACGCUGGAGGAAAUGUUGACGCUCCUGGUGUGGAUUCGUAUCCCUCGUGCUGGACUUGUGACGUUUCUCAAUGCACCUCCACCAAUGGAGAGUACGUUCCUUACAAAGUGAUUCCCUACUACGACUACUUCCAGGAGGUCCAGCCCUCGAUGCCUGCCUUCAUGCCUGAGUUCCAGGGUGGAUCUUACAACCCCUGGGCCGGUCCCGAAGGUGGAUGUCCCGAGGAUACCGGAGCGGACUUCGCCAACCUGUUCUAUCGGUGGAACAUCGCCCAGCGAGUGACCGCCAUGAGUUUGUACAUGGUGUUUGGCGGAACCAACUGGGGCUCGCUGGCUGCCCCUGUCACGGCCACCAGCUACGACUACUCCUCCCCGAUUGCCGAGGACCGCUCGAUUGGUGACAAGUACCACGAGACCAAGCUGCUUUCCCUGUUCACUCGUAGCGCCAAGGACCUCACCAUGACCGACCUCAUCGGCAACGGCACCAAGUACACCGACAACGCUGCCGUCAGCGCUUACGAACUCCGAAACCCCGAGACCAACGGUGCCUUCUACGUCACCAUCCACAAGGAUACCACCAUCGGCUCGGACGAGUCCUUCAAGCUCCACGUGAACACCUCCGCCGGCGCUCUGACGAUCCCAAGUGAGCAGGGCAAGAUCCGCCUGAACGGUCAUCAGUCCAAGAUCAUCGUGACUGAUUUCGCCUUCGGCUCCAAGACCCUCCUGUACUCCACCGCUGAGGUGUUGACCUAUGCGGUCAUCGACGACCACCCGACUCUGGUGCUUUGGGUGCCCACGGGAGAAUCCGGCGAGUUCGCCAUCAAGGGCACUAAGUCUGGCAAGGUGGCGAGCUGCAACGGCUGCUCCAGCGUCAAGUUCAACGGCAAGAAGGACCAUGUUGUUGUCGGGUUCACUCAAGCCAAGGGAAUGAGUGUGCUUCAGCUGGAUGAUGAUGUCCGUGUCGUUGUUCUCGACAGGUCGUCUGCUUAUCAUUUCUGGGCCCCUACCUUGACUGAUGAUCCGAUUGCCCCGGAGGAUGAACUUGUCCUGGUCGAAGGCCCCUACCUCGUCCGUGCGGCCAGCGUCUCGGGAUCUACCUUGGCUCUCCGCGGUGACUCAACCGACAAGACGAACCUGGAAGUUUUCGCUCCUAAGGACGUCAAGGCGAUCACCUGGAACGGCAAGCAGGUCAAGUCUUCCGAGACCCCCUACGGCAGUCUCAAGGCCACGCUCGCCGCGCCGCCCUCGAUUAAGCUCCCCUCUUUCGGCUCGUGGCGGUCGAACGACAGCUUGCCGGAACGCUUGGAGUCGUACGAUGACUCUGGACCGGCCUGGGUUGAUGCCAACCAUGAAACCACGCUGAACCCGCAUCCCCCUGUCACCUCUCCUGUCUUGUACGCCAACGAAUACGGAUUCCACAACGGUGUCCGCCUCUGGCGCGGCUACUUCAACGGAACCGCCUCCGGCGUCUUCCUGAACAUCCAAGGUGGCGCUGCAUUCGGCUGGUCUGCCUAUCUGAAUGGCCACUUCCUCGGCUCUUACCUCGGCAACGCCACCAUCGAGCAGGCCAACAAAACCCUCACCUUCGCCAACAACACGCUCCACACUCGCUCAGGCUCCCGGAACACCCUCCUCGUCAUCCACGACGACACUGGCCACGACAUGACCACCGGCGUGCUCAACCCGCGCGGCAUCAUCGAAGCCCGACUCCUCGGCUCCUCCGCCCCCAACUUCACCCAUUGGCGUCUCGCUGGUACCGCCGGCGGUGAAUCUAACCUCGACCCCGUCCGCGGCGUCUACAACGAAGACGGCCUCCACGCUGAGCGCGUCGGCUGGCAUCUUCCUGGCUUCGACGACAGCGCCUGGUCUGUCGACAAGAGCACCAACCACUCCUCCAGCUCCGUUUCCAAAUUAUCCUUCUCCGGCGCCACCGUCCGCUUCUUCCGCACCACCGUCCCCCUUAACAUCCCUUCGGGUCUGGACGUCUCCAUCUCCUUCAUCCUCGGCACCCCGGCCGGCACAAGCAAGGCGUACCGCGCCCAGCUCUUCGUCAACGGAUACCAGUACGGCCGGUACCAUCCACACAUCGGAAACCAGGUCGUGUAUCCCGUCCCCGCAGGUAUCUUGGACUACCGCGGUGAGAACACCAUUGGUUUAGCGGUUUGGGCGCAGAGUGAAGAUGGUGCGGCCAUUACUGUCGAUUGGAGGGUGAAUUACGUGGCGGAUAGUUCAUUGGAUGUGGCGAAUAUUGAUGAGGAGAAGUUGAGGCCCGGGUGGGAGAAGGAGAGAGAGAAGUUUGCUUAA